UUGAAGAUGGAUAUAUUUCAAGGGUUCCCCCUAAUUAGCUCAAUUGAUUCAACCUUUAGCCCGAAAGAGUCACGCUCUAAGAGUUCGAAGGUGAUACCAAAACCAAAGUUUAGUUACCAAGAAGACCAAAGAAUAAAAAGGCUUCUCAGAAAUAAUGCAUUUUUGAGAGGGAAGAACCCGAAUACUAUAGGCCAGUCUCAGAAGCUCCUCAAAAAUGUAAUGAAAUAAGUCUAAAAGAGGUAUAAAUACUCAGAAAAUCAAGACUGAACCCAAAGCCAGAGAGUCUAGAAAUUUCCCACUAGAACUUGCUCCAAACACUGAGAAGAUUAUAGAAUUCAAUGACUUCAUUCUUGAACUUGAGCAAGGGCACGAAGAAGAGAGAAAACUCUUCAAAUCGGUAAAAAGGAAUAGCAAGGGAAAUGAAAUUAUUUUCACUAAGAAAAAGCCAAUGAUAAAUAAAAUAAAUAAAGGGAAUGAAACGCCUAAGGUUGAUACUUGCGAUGAAGAUGUAUCCUCUUUCUUCCAGAUUGAUCUUCCCGUUUCUAAUUUUUCGCCAAAGGGCAAAAAGACCCCACUCUCCUUCGGUGGAUCACAGAAGCCUAAACAAGGGGUUAGUACAGCUAAAGAGUUUUACAGAACCAAGAGAUUAGUUAAAGAGAAGUUGGGAGUGCCAGAUUCUUCAAGAAAUGCACACCAAUCCCCUGUUUUUACAGAAAAGAACUAUAUUGAUUAUGCAAGAUCAAUUUUUAACUCAUCCAACCUGGAUAAGUAUGAAAUGAUGGAGACAUACAGUAAAGGAUCCUUCUCUCCACCAAAGUUUAUUAAGAAAAGAAAAAUUAAGCUCGGCUCAUCACAAGGCAACUUGCACUUAAUGAAGUAUAACAGACCAAAGCCAAAUAUCUUAUCUAAUAACUGCAAGAAGUGUAUCAAAAAUUAUGGGCCAGAAGCAUAUUGUCAAUGUACUAGGCUUGGGAAUAAAAUGAACAUCAUAGGACAUCAAAUCUGGAAGAAGAGCUCCAAUAUUCUGACUGAAAAAGAGUCUGUCCCUUAUACAAUCUCCCCAAAUAUGGUGAACCAAGAUGUUGGGAUUAAUACAGGUGUUUCUCUAAAUUCAGAGGCAUUUAGCAUAUUCAAAGAUUACUAA